GAAUUUGUAAGGACGGAGCACCGGGUAAACCAGGUAAAGAUGGCAAGGAUGGUGCACCUGGGAAGGAUGGAAAUGGUUUACCAGGAAGAGAUGGUAAAAAUGGUCUGCCAGGAUCAAGAGGACGAGAUGGUCGAGAUGGUCAACAUGGUACCCCAGGAUCACGAGGAAGUCCUGGUAAACGAGGUCCACGUGGUGCUCAGGGACUAAGGGGCCAUCCUGGUCCUAAAAGUGGUGGUGUUCAGUACAUUCGCUGGGGGAAAACCUCGUGCCCUUCUGGUGCUAACCUCGUCUACAAAGGUCGUGUAGGAGGAGAGUGGUACAACCACCCAGGUGGAGGUUCCAACUAUGUAUGUCUGACUGAGUCUCCCAAGUACUGGAGCUACACAAAUGUCCUUAAAAGGCAUUCAGCAUUCAUGUAUGGUGCAGAGUACCAGGUUCACUCCACCCAUCAUUCCAACCCUUUCCACAACAAGAACCUUCACGAUCACGACGUCCCUUGUGCUGUAUGCUUUGUUUCAAACCGCAACGCAAAACUGAUGAUCCCGGCAACAUACGAGUGUCCCGCGGGAUGGUCCAAGGAGUACUGGGGAUA